GGUAAACUUGUUUUCACAUGGACAUGGAAAUGAAAUGAAUCAAUUACAUGUGAAGAGGAUUUAUUUGUUUCAUGUGUUUCGACUUCAGAUAAGGAAGACAGAGAAUUUGGAAAAACAACAAGAUCUAACAACAUCUAAGAAAAUAUUUUUUGUGAAUAUCAAUCUUCAUCAUAUUUAUUUGAGGUGUUUUUUUUCGUAACCAGUGAAGAAAAACGGUUCAACAUUGAAAUGCUUAUGUACACAGGACGAAAAACGACAAACAACUGUGUCGACAAGAGUAUCGUUAAUUUGACAUCUUUAAAGCUGUGGUAAAUUUCAAGAUCUCAAACACAGUAAAGCCACAUCAUUAAAACAGGUUAUAACACAACAGAGACGUGUGGCAUUACAUGGACUUUACAAGUUUAAUCACGAGAAGAGGAUUGAUACAGACAUAAUCAUUAUACUUGCUUUGGAGGCGAUAAAGAUGACAAUUAUAUAGAAACGAUGUAAUAUUUAUAUUAACCUCCGUGACCAGUACGUAUGAUUUGUCUACAAGUACGUUACGCGGUCAAAGUUGCAAAACGUCAGACAUAAUGCUUCUAAACGCAACCUCACCUGUUUUUCCAACAGUUUCUAGCGAAGUUGCUGAUGAUCCGCUAGUUUCGCUGAAAGUCCCGGCAAUAAUGUUUACAUCAGGAGUAUUUGGGAAUUCCCUUGCCAUUUUUGUGUUGCUGAGAGCACCAAAGGAGCAUAGAACGUCCGCCUUUUACCGUCUUGUUGGAGCGUUAGCUGCUACGGACCUAUUCGGAACAUGCGUGACGUCACCAAUAACGUUGAUCGUUUACGCGAACAAUCUUCAAUGGGUUGGCGGAACACCAGUGUGCAACUUCCAUUCAUUCAUGCUUUCUUUUGCUGGAAUGUCAACGGUUCUUAUGAUUGGAGUAAUGGCAAUUGAACGGUUCAUUUCCGUACUUAUGCCAUAUUUCUACGAAAACCACAUUACAAAGGAGCGAGCACAGCUCAGUAUUUUAGGGGUAUGGACGUUUGCCACUCUUAUUGCAUUUGCGCCUGUGAUUGGACUUGGCAAAAAUGUGAUACAAUACCCAGGGUCGUGGUGCUUCUUUUCCUUUACGUGCACAGAGGUGAAAAAUCAAAUUAUACCAUUUACCUUUGCCUUUACCGGACUUGCAGUGGUUUCAACCACGAUUUUCUCCAACAUUUUUGUUACUGUUUCACUUGUACGGCUUCGGGGAAGAUGUAUCCAAUCAGUUAGGCGCAAAUGCACUGGUGAGCUUCAAAUGGUGGUCCUUUUGCUUGGAAUAAUCGUUGUCUUCACAACUUGCUGGGGUCCUAUUUUGAUACGGAUACUGAUAAAUCAAAUAAGAAAGCAACAAGUCGACCUGAGAGCAGAUCUAUACGCUAUUCGACUAGCGUCGUUCAACCAGAUUCUCGACCCAUGGAUCUAUAUCUUAUUCCGCAAAGAACUGUUAAUUAAACCCAUGGUGUUUUUAAAAACUUGGAUGCAAAAUCAGUGUGCGUCAAUGGCAGGUGUAGAAGUGACGAAGGCACCAACCAAUGCUGAUAGGAAAUGCGUUUCCAAUCUUUGUAAUCCGGAAAACAGCUUCAAUCUAGUUCCAUUGAUAGAUAACAAUCAAGUUGGAAAUACGGUACCUGACAAGUUAAAAAGAGAAGCUGCCUGAUGCAGUGUAGCUAAAAUGUUAUUCAGUAUAUGUGAAACCCUUUACGAGCUGUUGGAAUCAUCCAUAAUUUAUGUAGCAUUUUCCCUAUGUUUUAAGAGGUUUUAUUUAAGAAGCAACCUUAAAACUGUUACUGAAUGGUAGUCGUCAAUACAUCUUAUUAAUAUGAAUUUCUUUGUGUAGACCAUUGUACCGCGUGUAUAAUGGUGAAUUAGGUUAUCAUUCAUAAUUUACAAACACUGUGAUAUUAAAAGUAAUUGCGUCGAUAAAUAUUGUACUACUGGAUCUUUUUGAAAUGGCGCAAUUAAUCAAAAUAUUAUUCUUGUGAACAACAAAUGCGAGAAGAUGCGCCUUAAAUAAAUAUAAUAAUAAUAAAAAUAAAUAUAGCCCUACUUAGUCUGCUAAAUUGAGAAGACCACUUUUUCAGCAAUUCCGCGACAGAAGGAUUUUUGCAUCAGACUGAAAUGGUAAAUAUACGGGAAUGUUUUACGUUAUACUUCCAAGCUGAGGAUAAUGAAUGAGUUGCAAAACAUUAGAGGACAUGUCAAUCAA